AUGAGCUCCACUCUAUGGGCCAUCGAGGCGGCAAAGAAAAACAGGAAAAAUGAUGUGGUGCCAGGCUCCUCCAAAUUCAUCACCGCAGAAAUGAAAACUAACGUGGACAUCGCAAAAGCUGGUAUCUCCACCUUUAACGAAAGUCUCCAGACGUGUGUGCAUCUGCUCAACGACAUCAUUGACGACAUCAACAAUGGAGCGCCUGCUCUGCUACUCCAGAAGGUGACGCAGCUUUCCUUGGCCAAUCUCGACGUCAAAGAUGAAGAUUCCAUCUUGUCCAGAACAUACUCUAGAUACUCAAGAACUGAUCGCUCAAUCACAGAGGAGAUUUCUCGCCCAGAGUUGAAAAUAGAGUUGAGCGAGAAAAUAAUUCGACUGGCUGAACCUCCCAUACUUUCACCGGACCGCCUUACAUUUGCUGAGCCAAUUCUACCGUCAGUACUCAAAUCAGAUCCUAAAGAACAACCAAGUGUCCCAUCGGCAAAACCAAGUUUUCUGCAGACGCCAGCUUCUGCACCGAAAGAAGUUAGAAUUCCUUCGUCGUUGGAAUUAACUACGACUAAAACAGAAAAUAUCUUGCCUUCUGAGCCUUAUGAGCAAGAUGAGAUUCGUCUGGAACUGCCAUCUUCAUCUCCAGCCAUUUCCAAGCUGGAGAGCGGCAAAAUCGAAGACAUCAAUACGGCCUUGUCACCUAUACAUAUCCCACGCAAUACGGUUGCCCUAAUGUCUCCCAAUGUUGACUUGUCCUUCAUUCCAAUUGCCAACAGCAUCAAUCCUCUGAAGUUUGAUAAUGCUCCGAAUCUCAAAUCAGAACUCCUGGAAGAAAGCGACACCUCUUUUCAGGCAAUAAGCACUGCAAUUAGGAAGAGUUUUGCGGGGAAAUUGUCCAUGGGCCAGUUUGCUGGCUCUCUUCCACUUUACUCCGAUUACAAAGAUGAUACUGAUGCGAGACUAAAUUCUCAGGAUAUUCCUUCCAAGAGACCAGAAACACAUGCGCAAGACUCUAAGGCUGUCUCUGUCAAUUCUCACCAAAGUCGCAGAGAAAAAUCGAUCUACACGAAGCGAACGUCUGUUUUUGUUGCGCUCCCUGAUAGGGAACCAAUAGCGUAUCUGAAUUCGACCAGGCAAUCGAUUAAAGUUAAAGCUGAGGAAGCAGAAUCAAGGGUGAGAAGCCUGGUAUAUCAGGGUGAUAUUACCUCAAAUAAUGAUAACUCAAAUUUGCACCGAUACAACACCACUUCAUAUAAGAAUAGCACGAUCUCACAUCGUGAAACCAAUGCGUCUAAAGUUGGUCAUAACGUGGCAUCCAAGCUGGUGAACUUAGCCAGAAACUUGGAUUUACGUUUUCCUGGCAAAACUAGGGCAGUUCAAUCUCCCACAGAACGCCGGCUGCCUGUUGAGCGCCGGUCUCCCCUCGGUCGAAGAUCCCCCACUCAGCCAAGAGAAAAGAAGAGACUAAAUCAAAGUGCUUCGAGUGGUAAUUUGCAGUCAGGCAGUAUACCCCGAAUCAGUCCAACUAGGGGAAGAACUCAGAGCAGAUCACCUCGUGCUCCUCCUGGACGUGUCAGGCCCUCAGCUCAAUUACAGAAAAGUUUUUCAACGCGGACAACGGAUUCUGGUUCUCCUAGUCGAAAAAGUCGACAAUCCCAUGGUCCAUUUUUGUCUACUGCGUCGAACGCUGGAAGUAAGUUUUCGCUCGCAACUGACGAUGCCUCAAGCACUCAGAAUUCCCGCUCUCCAACGAAAUAUAACAAUCGGACGGAUAAUGAAAGCAUCAGAGAUUCUCAUACCGAUUACGAUUCUGUGACCCCGUUGAUCAAAAGGGAUCCCGAUAUUCUUCAACGGUUGACGCUACCAACGAGUGCGAGCAUACUGAAGGCAACAAAGUCAUUUACUACCAAAGAAACGAAAGAGCCGCAGAUGACGAAUCGCUUCCUAACUACAACUCUCAAUCCAGAGAAUCCACCUCAUUUUGCACCCAAGCCUCAAAUGAAGAGGCCAUCACCCACCAAAAAAGAUCUUUCCAGGGGAGAGAAAAAUAAGGUGGCUCGAAAAAUUCCGCCAUUGAAGUUUGAACCUAGUUCAAGGCCAAAGCAAAAAAUCAAUUUAGCUAUUUCCCACAAACAAGAUUUCCGGGAAAGUACACUGAAAACUGAUAACCCUCCUACAGAGAGACUUGUGACGAGUCCAAAGAAAAAGGAGCGGGUCACCAAUGGGAAGCAAGAAUACCCGCAAAGAAAGAGUAUCAAACGAGCAUUAGAGCCAUUGGAUAUUCAUGUGGCGCCCAGAAAGAGAGCAGUAGGAAAUGCUGUUCCUCUUCCAGAUGCUGCUAGAGGAAUCUUCAAAGGAGAACAGAGCAAGGAAAAACGCAAGACUCAGAAAGCAUUAACAACUCCCCUUAGACAUAGAGCCAAGUCACUAACCGACAUUGGGACCGCAGAUAGUCCAGGAGUUGGACCAGAUGCGUUGCCUGAAAUUCCAUCGGAUGAUGAGGCCCUUAGAAAGAAGAAAUACUUGAAGAGCUGGGCGGAAACACCCGAAUUGCUAAAGGUGAUGAAGGAAACCAAGGAUUUGGACCCCGUCGCUGUAUUUGGAGACGUUCCCGUUCUAAGAAUGGACGAUGUGUUCGAGUCAGCAGCAUCCCGUCAGCGAGGAAUGGCAUCGCCAAAUAUGAUGUCUUAA